UGCCUCUUGGUGCUGUGGUUACAAGCGCUAAAGCUUUGAGUGACGGAUCGUGCGCCAGCCCCAGGCCUUCAGCCUCGUUAUUUUCUUCCAAACAUUCAAAGAUCGCGACUUGCGCUCAGCUACAACUACUCUGAGAAGCUCAUAUAGCUCGCAUUCUCACCUCGCCAGCUUCGCGAAGCUGUGCAAACAUAUUCGCCAACGAAGUUUGACUUUGUCCUCUCACCAUGCCUAAGGUUAAGAGCUAUUCGGCAGCUUGGCUGUCCAGCAACGCUCCCGGCCAUCGUCUGUUUGAGCCAUCAUCUGAGGCGUCCAAGUCUCGUAGUUUGGAGUCAGCAUAUUCGUCCAAGAAGAAAACCAUUCCUGGUCCGCGACGAACCAUUGCUCAUCGAGGGACUGAAGUAUUUGUUGCUGUUGGUCGCGAAAUCCGUUGGGGUGAUCUUGCGUACUUGAAGGACGAAUGGGCAAAUCGUUAUUCAAAGAGAGGAUCAUCGCAGGGCAUUCGAAUCAAGCGUGAGGACUCUACACAGCCAUUCGAUGACGAGAGCCUAGAGAGCGCUGCUGGAUUAAGGACAAUCAAGACUCCCGUUGCCGACGACAUUCGACAGCUGAUCAUCUCCCCGAACUCGAACUUUUUGGCCAUUCUGACCGCACAUACUGUCCAUAUCUGCGUGCUCCCUGAUCCCUCACACCUUACCAGUGAAGAUGCUGGCCCUCUUAAACCAAAGAUCUUCACGCUUGGUCCAACCACUCACGUUACCUCUCGAUCUCCUAUCGUCUCGGCCCUCUGGCAUCCUUUGGGUGUCAGUGGCUCUUGUAUCGUUACGACUACCGCGGAUGCCAUCGUACGUGUAUGGGAAUUGUCCACCACCGAUCGAUGGUCCUUCGACACACCUACUACGUCUGUCGACCUGAAGAAACUGGUGGACGGUACCACUCUGGAUCAGGACUUUUCUGCCUCAGCAGCAGCCACCAAUACGGCCUUCUCACCUGAUUCGUUCGAAAUGGAGGUGGCUGCUGCCAGUUUCUCUACUAAAGGGGCUGGCGGUUGGAACCCCAUGACGUUGUGGGUGGCGAUGCGAGAAGGAGAUGUGUACGCCUUGUGUCCUUUGCUGCCUCAGAAAUGGGCACCCCCCCCCACAUUAAUCCCUUCUCUGUCGGUAUCGAUCGUCACUACUGUUGCAAGUAUCGAGGAUGAUCCGGAUGUUGGAGAGCAGGAAAAGUUACUUGCCCAACAGCAAUUAGAAUGGAUGGGAGAGCUAGAUUCCCAAGAGCCAACAAUCAUGGAGGGGCCGAUUGGUGAGCCUGUGACGGAGAUUUACACGCGACCAACUCGACCGGGGAUCAUUCCUCGCCUGCAAGGCCCUUUUGAGCUUCAGUCAGAUCCUGAUACAGGUGAUGAGCUGGAUACAUCGGUUACCGAUAUGCUCGUCAUCGGCAAGAAGACAGAGACGGAGCAGCUUAUGAUGGGCGAAGAAGAAGAUUUGGAUAUGGACGACGGGGAUCAAGAAGGCCUUUCUCUGACCGUGCUCUGCCUCUUGUCAACGAGCGGCCAAGUUCGCGUAUAUCUUGAUCUCGAGGGUGUCCAGGCUCAAUGGCUGCCACCCAAGAACAAGAAUAAACUUGGUCGGCUACUUGCUGAAGCUGAAACUCCAUCUCUUCUUUCCUUCCAGGCCAUUGAUACAAUGACACCCGUGGAAGUGAAUGAGGAUAGCUGGCCAGUUUUCAGCAACGACGUCACAUCUCGCUACAACUUCUUUGUCACACACCAUGCUGCGAUCACAUUUAUUUCUCUUACUUCCUGGAUCUUCCGUCUUGAGAGCGAGUUGAAUGGAGAUUCCGAAGCAGGAACUGACUUUAGAAUUGGCCUGCUUGUCAACUCUCAGUCUACAAGGGACCGCAUCUACUCACAACCCACUGCCGAUAUUGCGGUGCCCUUAGCUGCAUGCAAUGUUCUGCGAGACCCUGACGUUGGCUACUUUCUCCUUUCAGCGACUCCCUACGAGCCCAUCGCCCUGACCUUCGACACACCAGAAGUCGAUCUUGCUCCAAUUCGUCAAGAAAGCCCCAGCUAUGAACGGGAAGCUAGUAUGGCACCACUGGACUUUUAUGAGCCUCGCCCCGUGUUCAACCCGUCUCAUACAUUUGAUGAGGGCUCUGCUCUGCCUACACUGCUUGAGAGGCUCCGCACAUCCCGUCACAAGACAGUUGUCAACCAGGAAGUAAGACUAAGCCCACUUACGUUGCAAAUCUUUACCGAUGCGCAUAAGGUCUUGGCAGAUGAGACGCAUCGCCUUGGAAUGGCUGCGGCUGAAGUAUUCCGGCGAUGUGAACUUCUUCAGAGUGAGCUUAAGCAACAAGUCAUGAAGGCGAACGAGGUAAAGGGUAAGAUCGACACAAUCAACGGGUCGCACCGUGAUGGAGAGGCGGAUAAUGCCAUGUACGAUCGGCGAGUUAGUGCAGCAAGGGACCGCCAGGACCGGCUGACUGAGCGCCUCGAAAACCUACGCAAGAUUGUAGGUAAGGCGACCACGCGUGACUUGAGUGCCAAGGAACGUGCCUUUGUUGAGGAAGUGAAGUCCAUGGAAGCCAGCAUCUCGGCUCCGGAUUACGCGGAGCUGGCAUCAGGCAAAUCCAAGGCGACACCGGCACAGGCUAAGCAGCUGUGGAAACGUCUGGAAGACAUUAAGCACCUGCAGGCUGACCUUACUGCCGAAGUGGAGGCCAUGAACAAGGCGACAGGGGAGACAGAUGGGCCCGCUACACCUUCGGCCGAGUUACGGAUCCCACAAGAGGUUCGCCGGGCGAAGUUGCAGCAGGUCCAAGGACUUCUAUCAAGGGAAACAGCCUUGGUGGAUGCUGUCACUGCACGACUGGAACGGCUGCAAACCAGUGUCUGAAACUGAUAUAUGUACGAUACCUACGACUCUGCAGAGUAUAAUAAGAAGUGCUUCCGUUGGAUUUUCUAUCCAUUCUCUCAUUCCUUGACAAAAUUUUCCCAGGACAACCAUUCUUCGCAAUGGGAGGCAAGUGAAGUAGUCAAACCUAAGACUGCCUCUCAUUGGCAUCUUUACACAUUGAAGCCAGCAGAGAGGGGCAAUUCGAAGUUAAGGCAGAGAUCGUCAUAGCAACAAUUACAUACACGAUUGCCAAGCACAUAUCUUGGAUAACAAGACAACUCGACCAAAAGCAAAAACGGUUGACCAAGGAAACAAGGCUUUGGCAUCCCUAUCUAUAACUCCGCGG